CCGAAUUUCGGAAGCAAAGUUUUUUUUUUUGAGAAUAUUGCUGAAGCAAAGUUAACUCCUGGAGAAAAAAGAAAAAAGAAAACUGCAGAUCUGAAAAUCUGAUUGCUCGCAUCACUACACAGUCUACGCCAUUCACCUCUUCCCGCGUUUUCAGAUCUUCCGAUCGACUCCUCCUCCUGAAUCUACGCCACGGCUAUUUCUCACAGGGUUCGGAUUGUCUGAUCCUUAUAGCUGGUACUCAUUACAAAUAGGUUGAUACAUAAUGACAUAAUGUUGUAGUAAUACUCUGUAUUUGAUUUCUGUAGCCUGUAGUCGUUCGAGUUUGAUUUCAUGAUUCUUUAUUCGUUUAAUUUGUGUGUGCCAGUAUCUCUAAACAUCACAGUGAAUAGAAUAUUUGGUUUAGGAGUUGGUUUAUAAAUACUUGCAAAUUAUAACUGUAAAUCGUUAUAGUUUGUGUUUAGAAAGUCACGUCCAGCUCAGCUGGUGGUGGACUCACUCUCCCUUAAGGUCGGGUUUGAAAGGAGUGAGUUUUAGCCUAGAUUACUCCAGGCUCCCCAAACGCCCUCCACGAGACGCCCUAGAGUAAAAAAAAAGUCAUAAAGAGAGCCGGAAGGCCAAAUUCAUGAAUUAUUAGCUGUGUUUUAUGUUUGGGAGUAUUGGAUUUAGAAGAUACAGUUCAAUGGUGUAGUAUCUCACCAACAACAAACAACAUACAAGCCUUAUUUCCAAAAGAUUUUGGAGUCGGCUAACAUGAAUUAAUCCAUGAUAUCAAAGUACAAAAGAAAAUAAAAAUAAAAAAUAAGGUAAGAUAAAGAUAAAGAUAAGAUAAAAGAAUAUAAGAAAUAUAAAAUAUAGAAAAUACUAUCGUAAUAUAAGAACACAAGAAAGAUAAAGAAGAUUUAAAAAAAAAGAGAGAGAGAAAAGAGAGAACUAGAUAGUUCAAAUACAACAUCGAAUCCUUAUUCCCAAAAAGAUUUUGGGGUCAACUAACAUCUUAUGGGAAUAAAACAACAAUUCUCAGCAACUAGAUUUGUUUGUAAAUAAAAAUAUCCAAGAGCAAUAUAAAUUAAAAAGAGAUGAAAUAUAAGUUUUAAUAUAAAUUAUAAACAUAAGAAAGUCCCAAUAUGUAUUCCUUCCACGAGAAAGGGAAAAUUUUGUGCAGAUGUGUAGAUGAGUAACAACCUUUAUUCUUCACCUUCAUUCAUGGAGAGAAUAAAGAGAAUGAAGGUGAGCGUAGAAGGAGAAAAAGUGGUUCUGGUACCAUACAUGAGAGAGCACGUCCAGAAGUACCACGAAUGGAUGCAAGACCCUUCUCUCCUUCAAGCUACUGGUUCAGAGCCAUUAACUCUAGACGAAGAAUAUGAUAUGCAGCUUUCUUGGACCCAAGAUCCCUUAAAACAUACUUUCAUAGUAUUGGACAAGGACCUAAUUGUUGGCGACUUUUUCCAUGGAGACCCCCACGUUGAAGCCAUGGUUGGUGAUGUGAAUAUUUACUUGAAUGACUUGGACGAUUCACAUAUUGCUGAGAUUGAAAUAAUGAUAGCUGAACAAAAACGUCGCGGCAAAGGGCUUGGUAAAGAGACCGUUCUUUUGAUGAUGGCAUUUGCUGUGAGAAAUUUUGGGGUCAAAAACUUCCGAGCUAAAAUUGGAGAGUCAAAUAAAGCUUCUCUCAGUCUAUUCCAGAAGUUGGGAUUUGCACAAACUUCUUACAGUCAAAUCUUCAGUGAAGUAACACUGGAGUUACCAUUGACAGAGGCAAAAUGUGAGGAGCUUCUUCAACUGAUUGAUAAAAUGGUUAUACAUUCAUAGACCAUGUAUGAUUUUUGUAACCAACGUCUAACUGCUUCCAUAACACGGCAAAGCCCGUCUAGAUUUUUUAUCGAUGUGUAAUUAGUUGGAAGGUUUUGAAUGAGCUCCCAGUCUGCAAAUGUUUGGAUUUUUUUCUACUGCAAUGGUUUUUAUUGCUUUGGUUAAUUCAAACCUCAUCACAAGAUUUGUUCUGCUUUGUCUGGGUUCCCCAUUUUCUCAUAGUUUUUUUUGCUUGUUGUCUGACUUCAGUUUUCAGAGAAACAUGAGCAGCAAUUUCU